AUGUCUUCACCAAUCCCCGUCAAUGACGUCAACGACAUACCAACCUCACAGCAAACUACUCAGGGCAGCCAAAGUAAUUCUCAGCACGUUCAGCUUCCUGGGGAUGAUCUCCGGUUCCCGAUAAAACCAUCAGACUGUGGCGAUGCCUUGGGCUUCCGUUGGCCUUCGAGGCAGAAAUGGCUAUACCUCACUAUCAUAUUCAUAGUUCAAGUGUCUAUGAAUCUCAACACGACACUAUAUUCGAACGGCAUCGAAGGAAUAUGCAGAGAAUACGGUCUUAGCCCAUACGUGGUACGCUGGGGAGGUGCCGCCUCAUUUCUGAUUUCAUAUGCAUUUGGCUGUGAGCUGUGGGCUCCCUGGUCGGAGGAGUUUGGUCGUAAGCCUGUCCUUCAGACCUCCCUAGGUCUUGUGAAUGGCUUCUGUCUGUUGGUUGCAUUGGCUCCGAACUGGGCUACACAUGUCGCCGGUCGUACUUUAGGCGGCCUAUCCAGCGCGGGGGGCAGCGUAACACUCGCAUGUAUCUCUGAUAUGUUCGAACCGGAUGACCCCAACUUUCAAUUCGCUACUCUUUUCAUCGUGUUGUCGUCAGUCGGUGGCUCCAUAAUUGGGCCCAUCGCCGGUGGCUUCAUAGAAACGUUCCUGCCCUGGAGAUGGACUGUUUGGAUUCAGCUCGUCGUUGGUGUUGUAGCACAACUACUACAUCUCUUCAUUGUGCCCGAGACGCGGACGACCAUUAUCAUGGACAGGGUAGCCAAAUCCUUUCGGAAGUCUGGCAAGAACCCUCACAUCUUUGGGCCGAACGAAAUCGCCAAUAAGAAGCGUAUCGACUGGGUCGAGUUCGUACACGUAUGGAAACGACCCUUUGUUAUGUUUGUUCAAGAGCCUAUUGUUCUUGUCUUCUCUCUAUUGUCUGGAUUUUCCGAUGGCCUCAUCUUUAUGAUGGUUCAGUCUUUUGGCUUCGUUUACUUUCAAUGGGGAUUUAAUACCAUUGAGCUUGGUCUCAGCUUCAUCCCUAUUGGCAUUGGGUACAUGAUCGCAUAUUUUUCCUUCUUCCCGGUUAUAAAGCGAAACGUAGCCUUACGUACUAAACACCCGGAAAGCGAAUAUGCUCAGUAUGAAUCCCGACUUUGGUGGUUAUUAUAUACCGGCAUAUUUUUGCCGGUUGGCCUAUUCGUAUUCGCCUUCACAGCAGCUUACAACGAACCCCCCAUUCACUGGAUAUGGAGCAUGUUUGCUUCCUGCAUGAUCGGCAUAGCCAACUUUGCUAUUUAUAUGGCCACCAUAGACUAUGUCCUCAGAGCUUAUGGCCCCUACGCUGCAUCCGCUACAGGUGGCAAUGGCUUUGCUCGAGAUUUCUUUGCAGGCAUCCUUACUCCUUACGCAAUACCCUUGUUUGAGCGAUUGAAUAUCUUUAUGGGAUCAUUUAUGCUAUGCUGCUUAGCUACUUGUCUUUACGGGAGUGUAUUUAUGGUACACUGGAAGGGACACAAGUUGCGGCGACUGUCGCCGUUCGCACAGACGCUCGCGCGUGCCGAGGAGGAACAAGCCACUGCUGCUAGCCCCGAAGGCGAAGGACCCGGAGACCACCACGGCAAUGUAAACCGUAUCGUCAACUUCCUCCCGCCUCAGAGUCUCUCCGGUAGCCGCUCCAACUCGCGCGCAGCUUCUGUCGUAGCCUCGCCCGUCACUUCCCGCCGCUCGAGUCAGCAAAUCGAACGCCCACCGAACCCGCGCCAGACCUCCUAUUCUAGUCAGGGGCCAAGCAAUAGCCAUCAUAUGCCUGUGGUCCCAGAAAAUAGUACGUCAAUGAAUGAGUCGCGCAGCAGCUGUACCUGUAGCGGCCAGACCCUAGUACCGGCUUGCAGUCUCUGCAGUAAUAAGAAUGUCAGCCGAUCUGACAGAGCGUGA